CCCUUUCGGAUUCGAAUAGCACUCGAUAGCACGGCGCAGAACUGCUGCCUUUUUCCAUUUCCAGUUCCAAAUCCAGUUCGAGUUCGAAUUUGUUGCGAUGGAUUACGACAUUCGCGACCUCGUCCGUUCGAGGUCCAAGGACGAAAGCUCGGCGAACCCCAACACGAACACGAAGGACCACAACCACUACUACGAAAGCAGCGGAAGCGGCAUCUACCGGAGCAAGAGCCACGACUACAGCGACGGGAUCAGCGACAUCGACAACGACGACAUCAGCGGCAUGUACCACGACCUCCAAAAACCCAAGAAGAAACGCAGCGCCAGCAAGUCCAGCAAGAAGAGCCGCGCCGGAAAGCUGGGAAAGCAGAAGAGCGAGAGGAAGCGGUCCAAGUCGAGGGCGCGGUCCCGUUCCCGGAAGCGGCUGUCGGCCAGGGCGGAGGCGACGAGCGGAAACGGCAGCAACAACAACAGCAACAAGAAAAAGAGCAGCGGCAAGGCCGGAAACUCGGGGGAAAUCGACUCGUCGGUGUCCACCGAAACGACGUCCGAAACCCGAUCAACGGAACCCGCCUCGCGGUCCCAGCCCAGCCGGGAGGACGACCGGGAGCGGGGACGCCAGCGGGAGAGCCAGCGGGAGAGCCAGCGGGAACUCCAGAGGGAAAGCCAGCGGGAGAUCCAGCGGCAGCGGACCGUGCGGCGAUCGAGAACCAAGAGCCCACGGGUGAGCCGGCACCGGCUCGAGGAAGACAACCGGAAGGAGGARAAGGGGAGGUCCCGCAGCCAGAGCGUCAAGCGCGGGAGGGAGAGGAAAAGCAAGGACCGUGACCAAUACGAACAACAAUACGAACAACAACACCAAUACGAAUACGAAUACGAACAACAACAACAACAACAACAACAACAACAAAACCAAUACGAACACGAACAAGAAUACCAAUACGACUACGGCCGCAGCGAUUACAACAACAACAACAACAACAACAAUAGUAACGACGAACCCAGCGAGAUCGAGCCGGAGGGGGAUUUCCUGCGCGGCGAGGACGGGCGCCGCGGGAAGGAAAAGCAAAAGCCGAAAGCAAAAGCCAAGCCGGAGAAACAGCGAUCGGUUCGAAAAGCGGCGAGGAGCAAGAGCCGGACCAGAACGAUCGAUGCCACCGUCGAGAGGCUCAAGGAGAGAGACAGGGACAGAGCCAGAGACAGAGACAGGCGCAGCGAUAGGCACCUCGACGCGGAGCAGGCCAGCACCACCAAGAAAGCGACGCGGAGGAGCAGCAGCGCCCGCCCGCCGCGGCGGAGCAGCUCCAAGAGCAGCAAAAAGGCCCUCCGCGAAAAGGAAAGGGACCGGGACAACGAUCCACCGGCUUCCUACGACGGGACGGCCGAGGACGCAAACGCAAACGCAAACCACACCAAGAAAAAGAAGAGGAGCAAGAGCGUGGUGAUCCUGUCGAGCAAAAGGCCGAUGGGGGGCAACGGCAGUGGCAGCGGCAGUGGCAGUGGCAACGGCAAGAAGCGGUCCUCCGCCAUGGCGACGCUGCAAUCCCUCGUCGACGACUACAAGGCCCGGCACAAGAACAACAACCACAAGCACAAGCCGGGCAGGCCCCCGGCGACGCCCACGCCGGAGGAACGACCGCCGUCCCCGGAGCCGAGCCGGUCCUCCUACACCCACAACACGGGGGCGAGCGCGAGCGCGAGCGCAAGCAUCACCACCAACAAAACCAGCACCACCGUGAGUUCUUCGGGUACGCCCAGGCCACCGCCGGGGAGCCGGGCCUCGUCGCGGAGGGCCUCCAGGGAUCCGCAAUCGCAAUCGCAAUCGCAUCCGCAUCCACUUCCUCCGUCCUACCAGAGAACCCCCCCGCCGAUCCCGCGGUGCCCGUUGUCGGCGGCGUCGUCGAAAAAAUCCUCCGUCUCCGUCCCCACMGUGGUGACGACCGACCGGCCGAGGAGCGCGCGAUUCGGGCCUCCCCUGUCGGCUGGACACAGGGCCUCCCGGCGGUCCUCGGCCCCGGCGGACACCCUCUCGGCCUCCAUCGGGAGGGCCCUGCCGACGCUGUCGUCGUCGUCGGCAGCUAGGAACGGCCACCCCAGCGGCCCCCUUGCACCGCCGCCGGUGCUCCCGUCGCUCUCCCCGCACCCUUCCGGAACGCCCUCCCGCGACGGAACAGCCAGCACGGGGACGGGCACGAGCAGCAGAAGCAGCGGCAAUGGCACCGGGCCCGAAACCGAAACCAGCACCGCGAGGCGUCGGAACAGCCUGGGGACGAGGAUCCGGACCCGGAACGGGCACCUSCUCAGCGCGCUCAACCACGCGCUGGUGGAGGAAGAAGAAAAAGAGCGGGAGCUCGAGCGCCAGCAGCGCGAGCRCGAGGAAGAGCARCACGAAAUCGAAGGCUCCUAUCUGCCGGAGGACAACUCCGCCUUUGAGGCCCUGUGGAACCGCGACAGCAGCCACAAGAGCCCGACCGGGGACGGCUUUGGGGAAGGCCCUUGCGACGGGGAAAGCGCGAGCGAMGAUGGCARUGGCCAUGGCUACGCCAAUGACAAUGGCUACGGCACGGGGGACGACGACCGAGACUACUACGGCUACGAGGACUGCAGCGCGGGCCGAGGCUCUCUCCCCGAGGCAGACCCUUCCGAGACCCGGUCGCGAGACCGSCAGCGGGAACUCCUGCUCGAGCAGCAAGAACAGGAGCAGCRSAUGGAAUUCGAGAAGAAACAGCAGCUCGCGGAGGCCGAGCGACGCUUCGAGGCCCGCCUCUGGGAGCAAGAACGGAGGUUCCAGGAGCAGCUGGUGGAGGCCGGCCGACGCUUCCAGGAACAGCACUCGGACCGCGAGCAGCGGUUCCUGGAGGAGCAGAAGSAGGCCAUGCGCCGGUUCCGGGAGGAAGAGGACGAGAGCAACCUCCGCCUGAGCGAGUUCCGGGAGCAGGUGGCCCACCUGCAGGAGGCCCUGGAACAAUCGGUWUCCGUCUCGGAGUCCCGGAAGGAGCAGCUGGAGGACGCCCACCACGAGAACAAGAUGCUCAUGGARGAACUCCAGGAACAGCUGGARCAGGCGAGGGAACGAGAACGAGAACAAGAACAAUUGGAAGCCGACAGCGAGACCAGCGGAAACCSCAAACACAAGAACCAAAACAGYGGCGACGGCAACGGMGGCAACAACGACGACAACGCCCUCAUCGCCGCCGCGUUGACCGCCGCCAACGAYAAGAUAUCGGCCAUGGAGCAAGAGCUGUGGGAUUCCAACAACGUGGCAAAAAUGCAGCUGGAGGAGCUCGACGAGCAGGUCGAGAACCUCCAGUACAAGCUGUCGACGGAACGCGCCGACUUUUCGUCCAAGCUCCAGUCCAGGGACGAGACGAUCGAGGGCCUGCGGAACAAGCUCCGGCGGUACGAGGACGUCUCGGACCCGCAUCUGCACCCACACCCGCAUUCGCAYAUGCAUUCGCACCUGCAUCCCCAUUYGCAUCCGCUGGGCCAAGGCGAAAGCGGCGUCGUCGACGACCUCUCGCGGUCCUCGAAUUCYGGGGCUCCCCAGGCGUCCGCUUCCGCGGCCGGUAGCGCCACCAUCACCACGGACGACGUGCACUCCAUCGAGGCCGCCAAGCAAAAGGUCUACGAGGCCCGCGCGGACGCCACGAUGGUCCGGGAGAGCCUCGAGCUCGCCACCCAGAAAUGCGCCGAGCUGACCCUCGCCAACGAGGAGCUCACCAGCCGCAACGAAGAGCUGGAAGACACCACCGCCGAGCGGGACGAGCUGGAGCUCCGGCUGGUCGAGUGGACCUCCAAGGCCUACGAGUGGAAGACUCGGGCCGAGGAAGCCGAGCGGAACCUGGCGGCCGCCAAAAAGGCCGCCGGCAAGGCCUCCAACAAGGGCGGGCAGCACAAACCGCCGGUUUCCGGCGUUACCGAGGAGGAGUGCAACCCCCAGGGCAUGAUGCUCCUGGCCGCCAUCGAGCGCAACAACAACAACGGCGGCGGCAACGGAGGCAACAACGGCAGCGGCAAUCCAAACGGCGACACCGGCGGAAAGCGGUGGUCCAUCUUUCGCCGCGGCGGCGGCGGCGAGGCGUCCGAUCCCUCCCCCGAGGCCGGCGGGGACUCCCGGUCGUCCGACGGGUCGGAGGAGGACCUGGAGGAGACCGUCGCCAGGCUCCGCAGCGAGCUGGUCCGCCUGUCGACGGCCCACAAGGACGAGGCCUACCUGACCCGCAAGAAGGUCGCCCAGCUCGAGGGGGAGAACCAGGCCCUCCUSCUGCAGAACGCCACCCUCGAGAAGCUCUCGAGGUUCCAGGAGGAGCACUGAUGGGAACGAGCGGUUCACCAGGAAAGGAAAGGAUGGGAAAGCAGAACAGAGCCAAACCGCAAAAGCCACACCGCCGACCGCAAGCAUGCACAUGAAAACAUACAACACUGCACACCCACACACUCGUAAAUGCUUAUAAAUACAGUAGACGAUA